CGCCCGGUGGCAUCCGGGUGGCGUCCAGGUGGCGGCGGCGGCGCUGCCAGAGGGGGCGAGCCAUGGAGCACGUGACGGAGGGCUCCUGGGAGUCGCUGCCGAUUCGGCUGCACCCGCUGAUGCUGGGUGCGCUGCGGGAGCUGGGCUUCCCGUACAUGACGCCGGUGCAGUCUGCAACCAUCCCCCUGUUCAUGAAAAACAAAGAUGUCGCUGCAGAGGCGGUCACAGGUAGUGGCAAAACGCUCGCUUUUGUCAUCCCCAUCCUGGAAAUUCUUCUGAGAAGGGAAGAGAAGUUAAAAAAGAAUCAGGUUGGGGCGAUCAUCAUCACACCCACACGGGAGCUGGCUAUUCAAAUAGAUGAAGUCCUGGCACAUUUCACGAAGCCCUUCCCACAGUUCACCCAGAUUCUCUGGAUCGGAGGCAGGAAUCCUGGAGAAGAUGUUGCAAGGUUUAAGGAACAAGGUGGGAACAUCGUUGUGGCCACUCCAGGCCGCCUGGAGGACAUGUUUCGGAGGAAGGCGGAGGGCUUGGAUCUGGCCAGCUGUGUGAGGUCCCUCGACGUCCUGGUGUUGGACGAAGCAGACAGACUUCUGGACAUGGGGUUUGAGGCAAGCAUAAACACCAUCCUGGAGUUUUUGCCAAAGCAGAGGAGAACAGGCCUUUUCUCUGCCACUCAGACGCAGGAAGUGGAGAGCCUGGUGCGAGCGGGGCUCCGGAACCCUGUACGGAUUUCGGUGAAGGAGAAGGGCGUAGCGGCCAGCAGCACUCAGAAAACUCCUUCCCGCCUGGAGAACUACUACAUGGUAUGUAAGGCAGAUGAGAAAUUUAACCAGCUGGUACAUUUUCUUCGAAAUCAUAAGCAGGAAAAGCACCUGAUCUUCUUCAGCACCUGCGCCUGUGUGGAAUACUAUGGAAAGGCUCUGGAGGCCCUGGUGAAGCGUGUGAAGAUCAUGUGCAUUCACGGGAAGAUGAAACACAAGCGCAAUAAAAUCUUCAUGGAGUUCCGCAAACUGCAAAGUGGGAUUUUAGUGUGCACGGAUGUCAUGGCCCGAGGAAUAGACAUUCCUGAAGUAAACUGGGUUUUGCAGUACGACCCUCCCAGCAGUGCAAGUGCCUUCGUACAUCGCUGUGGUCGUACAGCCCGCAUCGGCCACGGCGGCAGUGCGCUCGUCUUCCUCCUUCCCAUGGAAGAGUCCUAUAUCAGUUUCCUUGAAAUUAACCAAAAAUGCCCCCUGCAGGAGAUGAAACUCCAGAAAAACACAGGAGACCUCCUUCCAAAGCUCAAGUCCAUGGCCUUGGCCGACAGAGCUGUGUUUGAAAAGGGCAUGAAAGCUUUUGUGUCCUACGUCCAGGCUUAUGCGAAGCACGAAUGCAACCUCAUCUUCAGAUUAAAGGAUCUUGAUUUUGCUCGACUUGCUCGAGGGUUUGCCCUGCUAAGGAUGCCAAAGAUGCCAGAGCUGAGGGGAAGGCAGUUUCCAGAUUUCGCGCCUGCGGAUAUUAACACAGACACCAUCCCAUUUAAAGAUAAAGUUAGAGAGAAGCAGAGGCAGAAACUCCUGGAGCAACAAAGAAAAGAGAAAAGAGAAAAUGAAGGGAGAAAAAAAUUCAUAAAAAAUAAAGCUUGGUCAAAGCAGAAGGCCAAAAAGGAGAAGAAGAAAAAGAUGAAUGAAAAAAGGAAGAGGGAAGAGGGUUGUGAUAUUGAAGACGAGGACAUGGAGGAACUUCUCAGUGACACGAGGCUCUUGAAAAAGUUUAAGAAAGGGAAAAUUACUGAAGAAGAAUUUGAGAAGGGGUUGUUUUCGAGUGGCAAGAGAACAGUCCCAACAGCAGAUCUGGGGAUCCCUGAUUCGGAAGAGGACUGCUGACAUUGGCCCCGGGGCACCCACAAGUGCAGGGAUUAUGACGAGUGGCCCUGCACCCCGCGCCCCGCACGGUGCCGCGUGCUUUCAUCGUGUGCCAUACUGCAGCCGGCGCCCGAGCGAGCCGUGUUCACACUGGGG